ACAGUUGUCAUAGGAAAAGAGUGUGCCUCUGAACAGGCACGGAAGUAAAUGCCACCCCAGAAAACUUGCACCUGCUACACGCUGUUCUACGUACAUUCUGUCAAGCUAUUCUCCAUUUAAACGUGAUAUUUAUCCUGACCACUAUGUCCGAUGGAACUGAAGAGACAUUCAAUGCUGUGGAGCUGGAUGGGGGGCAAGACAAGUCCUCCAAUCCAGAUAUGAAGGCCCAGCUUACGGUUGAAGCCAGUAAGCCUCUACCACAGGCAGAGGAGAGGACUGCACCCUCUGUACCCUCUAUACCCUCUGCCCCUGACAUGCCCACAUCACAAGAGAAACCGAACCGAUGGGUCAACGCUGUGGACCAGUUCAAAGUGAAGAGGUUCUUCGUCUUAAGGCCUGGUACUUUAGAUCAUGCCAUUGAUGACAUCAAAGCCCUGGUCAACCAAGAGGAAGAUGGGCCCAUCAACAACGUUUGGCUCAUGGCUGAGGUGGACCACUGGAACAAUGAGAAGGAGCGGCUGGUGGUCCUGACGGAGAACACUCUGCUCCUCUGCAAGUACGACUUCGUCAUGCUCAACUGCGAGCAGGUCCAGAGAGUUCCACUGCACUACGUGGACCGCAUCAUCCACGGAACCUUCUGCUUCCCAGAGCAUUCCCUCCUCAAGAGAGAGGGUGAGGGUAUGCGUAUCUUCUGGGACCGUCUGAGGGAGCCUGCGUUCUCGUCGCGCUGGAACCCCUUCACCAUGGAUUACCCAUACUGCACCUUGACCUACCACCCCGUCAGGGGCGUCAGUGAGCGGCUCUCCGCCAUCUGUGAUCUGGAGACGUUCAGGGAGCAGCUGGCGGCCACGGCGGAGCGUGCUUUGGGGCGUAAGCCCGUGCCGGGGAGAGCCAACGGCGUGCUGACGCUGAACCAGCCCAUCCUCAUCGAGGCCUACGUGGGCCUCAUGUCCUUCAUCAGCAACCAGAACAAGCUGGGCUACUGCCUGGCCCGCGGCAACAUCGGCUUCUGAGCCCCGCCGCUGUCCGCCGCUCUCCGCUGCUCUACGGGAGGAUCACACGCUCUCGGCCCGCACUCCUCUGCCCCGCCACGCAGCGCAGGGUCCUGUCUCAUGGGUCAGCUGCUCGGACUCCUCAGGGAGUGGUCAGGGUGUGUGUUUUUCUCCCCUUAGCAUGCUGAUCAGCAUGCAUAUAAUCAUUAGUAUGUAUAAUCAUCUGCUGUUGUUUCAAAGUGGGUUUGUAAUUUUUUUGUUGGUUUUUGCUUGCUUACUUGUUUUUUUUUGUUUGUUUGUUUUGUCAAAGACAGACUAGUAAUAUAUUAAUCAGCAGUGCUGUUUUGAAUUUGCUAAAUUAUUUGGAAACAACUGUUGUUUUGAUUCGAUGAAUGUAACCAACCACUGCAAUCAACAUUGUUUACAUCCUGCUGUGGUUUCUUAUGUACAUUCAAAAACUUGUGUAAAUCUAUCUUGCAAAAGAACCUCCUCUAAGCCUGAGAGGUCUGUUUCAGAAUAUUCCCUCCCCUUUCCAACUCUCUCUCUAUAUAUCUCUCUCUCACACACACAGAGACAGAGAGAGACACACACACACACACAGACACACACACACACACACACACACACACACACACACACACACACACACACACCCCUGGCUUCUCAGAGGCCCUUUGGUGCGUGAAGGUGCAUAUGUCAUAUUUGCUCGAUGGUUUAGGGGUGUAUCAUUACAGCCAAGCCUUGCGCUGGAAUUUCCCUUAUUCCCUAAUUGUAGCGUUACCUCCUCCACUCCACCCCCACCUCCACCUCCACCUCCACCAAACCCCCUCGUGUUUGUUGCUAUAGCAGGACAGCCAUUACAAACACUCCUAAUGCCAGCAUGUUGCUCUUCCUUCAGAGUGAUAAUAGUGUGUGUGUGUGUGUGUGUGUGUGUGUGUGUGUCUCUAUGUCUCUGUGGUGUAUCACAAACAAGUGAGUUCAGCCUCUUAUGAUAGCCAACAAAAAUAGUGUGUGGAAACACGUGUAAUUUCUUCAGUUUAAGUCAAUGAAAGGAUUCACAGAGUAUCCCAACUUGUUAUCUGUUUGUUUUGCCAGACAAAAAGCUGUAAUAACUGUAAUAUGUCUACUUGUUUUAAAUAGACUCUCCAGAGGGCAUAACAACAGAAAAUGAUUUCUAGAUUCUGGGACAAGUUCAAAUAAGGCACUUUUGUUGUCGUCUUGGUGUGUGGUAUGUGACUGUACUUACGAUUUAACCCUACUGUAUGUGUAGCAUACAUUGUGCAGCAUAUCCCAAUAGUAUCUAGCACAUCUAAAUGCACACAGUUUAUCCCACAGCACCAAUCCAAGAUCAGGAAAGGAAGGAAAGAAAGGAUCAUAAUCAUUUUCAAAAGUCAGAAUUAUGUACUUGUACCGCAAUGUAUAUGUAUAAAGUGCAUAAUGUAACAAUUUAGUAUAUCAUACAGUAGCGUACAUGUACAUACAUGUAUUACAGUAAAGCAGCAAUAAAGAUUAUUUGCUCUCUGGGUCCCCCUGCAGUUGAGAUUUUUGAAUAAAAUGUGCGUCUUUUGGCAACAAACUAAGAACAUGAUUCCAGUGCAAUAUAGGGAGAACGCACCGACAGUAGUCCAAAUUCCUCCAAGUUGCAGGUCAUGUCCAUAUCUGUGUUCUUACACAAACAGCAGCUUCCUGCCCUUUUACACUUUUAUAUACUUUAUAUACUCCUUGCUUUUGUUUCUGUAAAGAACGUUGAAUGACUCCUGUGUAUGAAAUGUGCUAUAUAAAUAAACUUGACUUGACUCAA